UAAAAAACGAUGAUGACAACGAGUGGAAGGCUGUAUGACAUUGAACAUACAGGACACGAAACCGACGAGGACGUUUAAAGAGCCAUACACCAUUUGCGGCUACUGCUAUCCGUGCAAAUUCUGCUGAUAUACCGCUCUUGAUUUUCGGGAAAAAGAAGACACAACCUAGAAAGACAAAAAGCCAAGCAAGGAUUUACUGGGUUUUAUAAAUGGGGGACUACGGGUUCGGAGUCCUGGUCAAGAACAGCAGUGGUAAUAAAUCUGCUUUCCCAGUAAGGAUCCCCCCCCACCUCCAGCCCCAGCCCCACCACCACCCCUCCAACCCCCCCAGCCCACCAGCCUUCGUCAACAACGGCUCCACUAAUGGGGGCAGCGCCUGGCUGUUCCCGGCCGUAGCCCAGCACACUAACAUGCAAGAUGAGAUUCUUGAGUCAGACAAGUCCAAAGCCCUGGACCUCCAGGACAUGCAAGACAAGUCACAGGCUCAGCCUCAGGCCCUCUCCCCGGGCCAGCAAGAGACCGGAGGAGGCCUAGGGGAGCUGGAUGGAGCUCUGCCCGAAGAAGGCUCUCUGGAGAAGGGCUCCCUGGAGAGCAGUGGUGGGAAGGAGAAGCUAAGGAUGGAGUCACCCGUGCUGGGGGGCUUCGACUACCAGGACACCCUGGGCAUAGGAACCAGCUGUGCCCAGUCCACCUCCUCGUCCUCCUCACUGACCAGCUUCAACAACUGGUCCCCCGCCGUCCCGUCCAACCCAUCCCCCGUGGUGGGCGAGGAUGUGGGAGGGUUCUUCAGCGCGGCCGGCUCCAACGCCAACGGACCUCCACUGCUGUUCCAGAACUUCUCCCACCACGCUGGGCCCGGGUUUGGUGGCGGAGGCAGCUUCUCGCCCCAGAUCGGGCCGGUCUCCCAGCACCACCCUCCUCCCCCCCCGCCCCACCCCCACCACUAUCACCCCCACAGCCAGGGGGUGCCCCAGCAACACCGCCGCUCCCCGGCCAGCCCCCACCCCGCCCAGCCCUCCUUCCCCCCUCACCCCCACCGCUCUGGAGCGUUCACCCAGCUGCCCCACCUCACCCCUGCCCAGAGCAAGCCCCCUUCCCCCUGGGGGAGCUACCAGAGUCCCUCCACCCCCACCUCUACCUCCUGGAGCCCUGGCGGGGGCUAUGGAGGCUGGGGAGGCUCCCAGGGGGUUCGGGAGUACCGCAGGGGGCUCAAUGGAGGUGUGACAGCCCUAAACUCCAUCUCUCCUUUGAAGAAAUCCUUCCCCAACAACCAGGUGCCCUCCCAGAAAUACCCACGUAACAGCUCUGGCUUCAACCACAAGGGCUGGAUGGAAGAUGGCAUGGGCCGCAGUGACGGCGUCUUCCCUUUCCAGCAGGAUAGAACCCGAUCUUUUGAUGGUUUCAGCAUGCAUUCUCUGGAGAACUCUCUGAUUGAUAUUAUGAGGGCUGAGCAGGAUUCUUUGAAAGGUCGCUAUGGUUUCUCACACCAGGGCGGAGACGGGUCCCUACCUAUGAAUGCUAGGAGCUAUGGCAGACGACGAGGCCACUCCUCCCUCUUCCCCAUGGAGGAUGAACGCUCCUUCGGAGAGGAGGACUCAGGUGACCAGGGUCUGCCCGGCCUUGGCUCCGCCCACUGUUUCCCCCACUUGAAUGGGGAGCGCGUGGAACGCUACUCACGCAAGGUGUUCGUGGGCGGGCUGCCCCCGGACAUCGACGAGGACGAGAUCACGGCCAGUUUCCGUCGGUUCGGACACCUGUUUGUCGACUGGCCCCACAAGGCGGAGAGCAAGUCCUAUUUCCCACCUAAAGGUUAUGCGUUCUUACUGUUCCAAGACGAGAGCUCAGUCCAGGCUCUGAUAGAUGCCUGUAUUGAGGAGGAUGGCAAGCUUUACCUCUGUGUGUCCAGCCCCACCAUCAAGGACAAACCUGUCCAGAUCCGGCCCUGGAACCUGAACGACAGCGACUUUGUGAUGGACGGCUCUCAGCCCCUGGACCCCAGGAAGACCAUCUUUGUAGGGGGCGUGCCACGCCCUCUACGUGCAGUGGAGCUGGCGAUGAUCAUGGACCGUCUGUACGGGGGCGUGUGCUACGCCGGGAUCGACACCGACCCGGAACUCAAAUAUCCAAAAGGGGCGGGGAGAGUGGCGUUCUCCAAUCAGCAGAGCUACAUCGCGGCCAUCAGCGCCCGAUUCGUUCAGCUGCAGCACGGGGAGAUUGACAAACGGGUGGAAGUGAAGCCAUACGUUCUGGAUGACCAGCUGUGUGACGAGUGCCAGGGGACGCGCUGCGGGGGCAAGUUCGCCCCGUUCUUCUGCGCCAACGUCACCUGUCUGCAGUACUACUGUGAGUACUGCUGGGCCGCAAUCCACUCCCGCGCCGGGCGUGAGUUCCACAAGCCCCUGGUGAAGGAGGGAGGGGACAGGCCCCGGCACAUCUCCUUCCGCUGGAACUGAGGAUGACGAGGAGAAGGAAGGGGGGGAUAGGGGAGGUGGG